CAGAUGAGAUGACGUCAUUACGCAGAGAAGCGCAGUGUCUAGGAAGGAAGGCAGGAAGGAGAGAUAGAGACAGCCGGAGACGGGCGGUGCUGUGUUCGUGUUGACAAAGGUCUUGUGGUCGUCUGGAGGAGCUGCUACCACCAUGGGGGGAGUCCUGGGGAUCUGCUCUGUCGCCAGUUGGAUUCCGUGCCUGUGCAGCAGUGCCACAUGUAUACUAUGCCGCUGCUGCCCCAACUCUGGCAAUUCCACCGUGACUCGCCUUAUCUAUGCAUUUAUCAUGUUUCUGGGGACGCUGCUUUCCAUUGUAAUGCUGUCUCCAGGAAUAUCGGACCAGCUAAAGAAAAUUCCAGGGUUUUGUGAAGGAGGGUUUGGCACGGAGCUUCCACAUGUGGACGGAUACGUGAACUGUAAUGUGCUGGUUGGAUACAAGGCCGUCUAUCGUGUCGGCUUUGCCAUGUCCAUGUUCUUCCUGGUCUUUUCCUUGCUGAUGAUUGGAGUCAAGUCUAGCAGAGAUGCCCGGGCUGCUGUGCACAAUGGGUUUUGGUUCUUCAAGAUAUUGGCCAUUGUCGGUAUUAUGGUUGGAGCUUUCUACAUUCCAGAGGGACCUUUCACUAGAGCAUGGUUCUGGGUUGGUAUAUUUGGUGCCGGCAGCUUCAUAGUCAUCCAGUUGGUUCUGCUCAUUGACUUUGCUCAUUCAGUAAAUGAGUCCUGGGUGGAGAAAAUGGAGGAAGGGAACUCGAAAUGCUGGUAUGCAGUGCUGCUGACUGUGACCGCCCUGCUGUACAUCCUGUCUCUCAUCGGCAUCGGCCUCUUUUACGUCUUCUACACCAUUCCCGGCGGCUGCACAGAGAACAAGUUCUUCAUCAGUUUCAACAUGAUCCUGUGUAUCAUAGUGUCCAUCGUGUCUAUUCUUCCCAGAGUACAGGAAUAUCAGCCACGCUCUGGACUCCUCCAGUCCUCCAUAAUUACUCUGUAUACCAUGUACCUGACCUGGUCCGCUAUGUCCAAUGAGCCAGACCGUACUUGUAACCCAAGCUUGAUAAGCAUCUUGAACAAAAUUACUGCCCCAACAAUAAGUCCUGGCAAUGCAUCAACACUGCCACAGCUAUCCACUCCUGAGCCCCCCAAAUCUUUACAAUGGUGGGACACUCAGAGCAUCAUUGGCCUUGUCAUGUUUGUGCUGUGUCUCCUUUAUUCAAGUAUUCGCAACUCCUCCAGCAGCCAAGUGAGGAAGUUGACUCUUUCUGGCCAGGACACCGCUAUACUGGAUGACACCAGUGGGAAUGGCGGAGAUGUUGAGGAUGGCGAGGUUCGCCGUGUUAUGGAUAAUGAGAAGGAUGGGGUCCAGUACAAUUAUUCCUUCUUCCAUUUCAUGCUGUGCCUUGCUUCCCUCUAUGUCAUGGUGACCCUCACCAACUGGUAUAGCCCGGAUGCGGACUUGAACACCAUUACAAGCAAGUGGCCAGCUGUCUGGGUGAAGAUGGCUUCCAGCUGGUUCUGUCUGUUAGUCUAUACCUGGACCCUCAUAGCUCCCUGUGCCCUUCCCAACAGAGACUUCAGCUAGAUGCCUCUGAUUCCUGCCUUUUUGGUAAUAGCUCUAAUUCCUUAAAGGGGUACUUCGGUGAAAACCUAUUUUCUUUUAAAUCAACUGGUGGCAAAAAGUUUAACAUAUUUG